AUGUUUUCACCCUCCGUCAAACGUAAGACAAUCUCUCAGCUGCCUGACGAUAUUUUAUACAUCAUCGUUGAAAAAUAUUCGGAUCUUUCUUCGACUGUAGCUCUUCGCGGCACUUGUCGAGAUUUUUACCAUAGGUUGCCAAAUUCAAUUGUAUUCUCCGAGCUUUCGAUUCCAUACAACAUGACCAGCUCUCAGCUUGAGAAGUUUAUCAAGCAUAGCUGCUCAUCACAUAAUCUUCGAUAUGUGAGAAGGGUUUCAGUAAACGGGUCGAGCAUCGAUGUCAAUUCAAUCCUGGAGAUAUUGAGAAAAAGCGAGCUAAUUCAAUCGGUCUCAAUCGUCGGAUGCGAAAACUUUUCAAUUCCAGUAUUAAUGAGCACUUUGGUUGAAUGGCAGCAAGACAAAUCUGGUAACGCCCCGGCCAUGACCAUGUUUAAGAGCUUUCUUUUCUCUCGCUGCAUUGUCGGAGCUAGAAAUGCCUUAGCGAUAAAAAAAAUUAAUCUGAAUCUAGACAUAAUAAAUAAAGCUCGAAGUAACAAGCAAUCCAUUUUCGAUCUCACGGAAUGUGAGGAUAAAAAUUGCAAGGAUUGCACAUUAAGGUGCGCAUCUUGUAAGGUUCAAUAUAAUUUUUGCGAUACUGUUUGGGCUCAGUGCAGUUGGUGCAAAAAAACUAAAUUUUGUGGGCCGUGUGUUACUAAGGCUUCUUCGAACGAAAAGCAAAUCCCCUAUCCAAUCCUCAGAAUCAAACUGUGCACUAUGUUUGACCUACCCUGCUCCUUAUAG